ACUGUUAUAUAUAUAUAUAUAUAUAUAUACACACACACACACACACAACAUAUCUGAUCUCCUUUCCAAGUUUUCUUUUCUUUGAUUUUCUUUCACUGUUCGUUGUUUACUCCAACCUGCGGAUGGCAACAACACGCUAAGAAACGUAUUGUCUGUCCGGAAAUCCAAGGAGAUAUGUAUAUAUACUUGGAUUUCAUCAUUAUACAUUUUUUUAUGUAACCUUUAUUUAACUAUAUAAUGCAUAUAAUGAAAUCAGUAUCCGAAAGGGGAAAAGUGUCUGAUAUACCUACUUAUUCUAACUGGAAUAUAGGAGGCGAUGCUAUCCAGUUUGACUGUAGCGCAGCGCUUCUGAUCUGAAGAACAUGCGCAUACAUUUCCCAGACUGCAGCAGUAACAACAGGAAGUGUACCGCUUGGCUAAGGAGUUUGUCGCUAAGUGUACCUUUUCAAACAGGGAUGACGUGUUCAUUAGAAAAUGUAUUGUCAGAUGCCAAGUCGCUGGUGGAAAGACUCCGCAACCAUGACAAUGCAGCGGAGGUACUUAUCGAACAGACAACGUCCCUUAACAAGAGGGUGGAGGCCAUGAAACAGUAUCAGGAGGAGAUUGAGUCGCUGAACCAGGUGGCCCGGCAUCGGCCCCGUUCCAGUCUCGUCAUGGGCAUCCAGCAGGAAAACCGGCAGAUCCGUGACCUACAGCAGGAAAACAAAGAGUUGAGAACAUCCCUGGAGGAACACCAGUCGGCCAUAGAGCUCAUCAUGACUAAAUACAGGGAGCAGGUCUUCAGACUCCUCAUGGCCAGUAAGAAGGACGACCCAGCCAUCGUCACCCAAUUAAAGGAGCAGCACACCACUGAAAUGCAAGCACACAUAGACAAGAUCAAUGAGAUGGCUACAGUGAUGAGGAAGGCUAUCGAAGUGGAUGAGGGGAGGUUGUGUGAAGACGAGGAGAGGAUUAAGCAACUAGAGCUGGAGAACAGUGGUCUUCGUGAGCUGCUAGGGAUCAGUCGAGAGGCCUUCCUCGUUCUGACGAGAGAGGAGGCCUCGGAUAGCACAUCCCUGUCUGCCCUGUUGACCAGCGCUGACAUCAGCCUCCGGAAGAGUUAGGCCCACACCAGCACGAGCUUGGAGUGUGUAUAUAUGCCCCCCCGCUGCCACCUUGUACAGCCCAUGCCCCCCAAUCACCUACAGCCACACAAACUCCCAGAGGGCACUCAACAAUGAACGAAGCCCCAGGUCAUACUGCCGCCCACCUGUCACACUACAAUGGAGGUAUACAGUCGGAAGCCUCUGAGACAAAUGGGAAAAUCCUCCAGCGGUGUUGUCUGUCAUGCAGUUGUGUUGGCAUGCAUUGUGCUAUCUGAUGAGCCUGUGGGGUUUUAAAGUGUGAAUGAGUGAAAGUGCUGCUGUUGAAUGACAAUAAAACACUUGAAAGAAA